AGUACGAGUCUAUCGAUGCAGCGCGUGGUUUGUGACGUCACCCAUGCCUGCCAUUCCUUUCAUCACUGGUUCCGCGUCCACGUACCGCCGCGCACUUCAAGCGGAUUGAGAGGGAAUUUUCGCGGGUAACUACACAUUGAAAAGCGGCACCAAUUCAAUAUUGCACGAUGGUUCAACAGGUUUUCAUUGGUCCAUUGAUUCACACAGAUAACAAUGGGGAAUUAAUUAUUAUUCAACGCAGUGCUAUAUUAGUUGAAGAUGGCAAGAUUAAUACCAUAAUAACAAACGUUGACACGUCAGCAACAGAGAGUUAUAAUACUGCCGAUGAAGUUUUUAUUUUAGAUAAUGGACAAUUUCUGAUACCUGGAUUCAUCGACUGUCACACUCAUGCAGUUCAGUUUCCAAAUCUCGGAAUGGGCUAUGACAGAAGUCUCUUGGACUGGUUGGAGACUUACACCUUUCCAUUAGAAAAGAGAUAUAGCGAUAUAAAUUUUGCAACACAAGUUUUUGAAGCGUCUGUGAAACAAACUAUCAAUGCGGGCACAACGACAGCGUGUUACUUUGCAUCCUUGUACGCUGAAGCGUCCAUGAUUCUCGCACAAAAAGCCAUACAGUUUGGUCAACGAGCUUUCGUCGGAAAAGUGAACAUGAACCUUUCGCGCGAUGAUGGAUAUUACGAAACUACCGAAGCGUCGAUUAGAAAUACUGAAAAUUUCGUGAAAGAAAUUGAGCAAUUAGGGAGUCCACUUGUAAAAGCGAUUAUUACACCGAGAUUUGCUUUGAGUUGUGACAUGGAAUUGAUGCAAACACUAGGAAGGAUUGCUCGAGAAAAGAAUCUGCAUAUACAGAGUCAUGUUUCCGAAAAUAAAGACGAAAUAAAUGCAGUAAAGAAAUCUUUCGCACAACAAUCUUCAUAUGCCGCUGUUUAUGAUGCCGCUGGGCUUCUUACACCUAAGACGAUAUUGGCGCAUGGAGUUUACCUUACAGACACUGAGCUCACUUUGCUUAAAACACGUGAAACGGCUAUAAUUCACUGUCCAUCUUCUAAUACGUAUUUGAGGAGUGGUUUCUGCGAUGUACAAAGGCUAAGAGCUAAAAAAAUUAAAGUCGGCCUCGGGACAGAUGUUUCAGGUGGAUCAAAUUACAGCAUGCUGGAUGCAAUGAGGUCAGCUUUACAAGUGUCAUACCACUUGUCGAUGUUGAAAGAUAACUAUACACCACUCAAUUAUAAAGAUGUCUUUCAUAUGGCGACUUUAGGAAGUGCUAAUGCACUUUCAAUCGAUGAUAGAGUAGGUAAUUUAUUGCCAGGCAAGGAAUUCGACGCUCUCAUCAUAGAUUUAAACGCAAGUGGCAGUAUAUUUAAUGGCCUAAAGGACACUGGAUACACACUUGAGGAAAAACUCCAAAAAUUUAUAUUUUCCGGUGAUGACCGUAAUAUAGUAUCAGUAUAUAUAAGUGGUAGAAAGGUUAAAUAAGUUUUCCACUUUUUUAUGCUUUAAAUAAUUUUAUACAUGACAUUUACUAGAACAGCAAAUAGCUGUAAUAAGACAAGCUCCAUAAAUACUUGUAACAAAAAGUUUAUUACAGUAUCUGUAACUUUUAACUUUUUCUAUGUAUUAUUCUGUAAAUAAAUCACGUAUAUUUUAGUUUUA